AUGCCCCAGUCCGAAAAGACGGGAGAGAGACGCCCCUCCGCCUCCAAGGGCAACCGCCUCGCCCAGCUCUUUUCCUCCAGCCCCAAGUCCAAGGAGCACACGGCCGCCCAGCAGGCGCUGCUCGCCAUGCAGCAACAGCAGCAGCAGCAGCAACUGCAGCAGCAGGGACUCAAUGGUGCCGCCGCGCCCACCAUCACCCCGCCGUCCGUCUCCCUGCCCACCAUCUCUCUGUCCACGGCCGUCGCCGGCGAUCACAACGUCGAGCCGCCCACCACGACGCUCUUCAAGCCCCAGUCGGCCGAGGAGAUGGACCACCGCAGGCGCGUCGACGCCCAGUUCGGCCCCCUUAUCCAUCCGAGUCACCUAUAUGUUAGCAAGUCUCACGGCGAACCUCUUGCGGCCCCCAUCGAGGACGAGCCCCCGUAUUAUUUCCUCCUCACAACCUACGUCAGCUACCUGCUUCUCAUUCUGCUCGGCCACAUCCGCGACUUCUUCGGCAAGCGAUUCGGCGACAAGAAACUGUACAACCCUCUCAAGGUCCAGAAUGGAUACGCGCCGCUCAACGACGACUUUGACAGCUUCUACACCCGUAGGUUGAAGAUGAGGCUCGACGACUGCUUCGCUCGCACCACCAUCGGCGUUCCUGGCCGCUUCAUCACCCUGAUGGACCGCAAGUCGGACGACUUCAACCGCAACUACCAGUACACUGGCACCUACACCGAGACGCUCAACAUGAGCUCGUACAACUACCUCGGCUUCGCGCAGUCUGAGGGACCCUGCGCAGAUGCCGUCGAGGAGUGCGUCAAGCGAUACGGCGUCAGCUUCUGCAGCCCGCGCACAGACGCCGGCACGACGGAUCUCGCCCUCGAGGUCGAGCGCGAGGUUGCCAGCUUCGUCGGCAAGCCGGACGCCAUGGUCUUUUCCAUGGGCUACGUCACCAACGCCAGCUCCUUCCCGGCGCUGGUCUCCAAGGGCUGCCUCAUCAUCUCUGACGAGCUCAACCACGCCUCCAUCCGUAUCGGCGCGCGUCUCUCCAAUGCCGUCAUCCAGUCCUUCAAGCACAAUGACAUGUGCGACCUCGAAAAGGUGCUCCGUGAGGCCAUCUCCCAGGGUCAGCCGCGCACGCACCGACCCUGGAAGAAGAUCCUGGUCGUCGUGGAGGGUCUGUACUCGAUGGAGGGCAGCAUGUGCGACCUGCCCGGCAUCCUGGCGCUCAAGCAAAAAUACAAGUUCUACCUGUUCGUCGACGAGGCCCACUCCAUCGGGGCACUGGGCCCGCGUGGCCGAGGCGUCUGCGACUACUUUGGCAUUGACCCUGCCGAGGUGGACAUUCUCAUGGGAACACUGACCAAGUCUUUCGGCGCCAACGGCGGCUACAUUGCCGCGGACAAGCACAUCAUCGACAAGCUCAGGGUCACGAACGCGAGCACGCAGUACGGCGAAUCACCUACUCCGAGCGUGCUCAUGCAGAUUUUGGCCUCCCUCAAGCUGAUCACGGGCGAGCUUUGCCCGGGCCAAGGCGAGGAGCGCCUGCAGCGCAUCGCCUUCAACUCCCGCUACCUCCGCCUCGGUCUCAAGCGCCUCGGGUACAUCGUGUACGGCCAUGACGACUCACCGAUCAUCCCGGUCAUGCUCUACAACCCCGGAAAGAUGCCGGCCUUCAGCCACGAGAUGCUGAAGCGCAAGAUCUCCGUCGUCGUCGUCGGCUACCCGGCCACGCCCCUCAUCAGCUCUCGCGCCCGCUUCUGCAUCUCGGCUGCGCACAACAAGGACGACCUGGACAGGCUGCUGGCGGCGUGCGACGAGGUGGCGGACCUGCUGCAGCUCAAGUUCUCCACGGGCGUGGCCGGAGGCCUGGAGCCGCUUCCCGCCGGCGUCGAUGCCAAGCACGAGCGCGAGUGGAGGGCCGCGAACGGGGUGCCCAUCCAGCCGCCUCGAUGGCGCCUCGAGGACAUCAUCCAACGAGGCGUCCAGGACGCCAAGCUUCCGCUGCGGUAA